AUGUUGAAGCCACCAUUGCCACUCAGAUCCCUCUUAUUCCUGCAGCUGUCUCUGCUGGGGGUGGGGCUGAACUCCACGGUCCCCAUGCCCAAUGGGAAUGAAGACAUCACACCUGAUUUCUUCCUGACCGCUACACCCUCCGAGACCCUCAGUGUUUCCUCCCUGCCCCUCCCAGAGGUCCAGUGUUUUGUGUUCAAUGUUGAGUACAUGAAUUGCACUUGGAACAGCAGCUCUGAGCCCCGGCCCACCAACCUGACCCUGCACUACUGGUAUAAGAACUCCAAUGAUGAUAAAGUCCAGGAGUGUGGCCACUACCUAUUCUCUAGAGAGGUCACUGCUGGCUGUUGGUUGCAGAAGGAGGAGAUCCAUCUCUACGAAACAUUUGUUGUCCAGCUCCGGGACCCACGGGAACCCAGGAGGCAGUCCACACAGAAGCUAAAACUGCAAAAUCUGGUGAUCCCCUGGGCUCCGGAGAACCUAACCCUUCACAACCUGAGCGAAUCCCAGCUAGAACUGAGCUGGAGCAACAGACACUUGGACCACUGUUUGGAGCAUGUUGUGCAGUACCGGAGUGACUGGGACCGCAGCUGGACUGAACAGUCAGUGGACCACCGAAAUAGCUUCUCUCUGCCUAGCGUGGAUGGGCAGAAGUUCUACACGUUCCGUGUCCGAAGCCGCUAUAACCCACUCUGUGGAAGCGCUCAGCGUUGGAGUGAAUGGAGCCACCCUAUCCACUGGGGGAGCAAUACCUCCAAGGAGAAUCCUUUGUUUGCAUCGGAAGCUGUGCUUAUCCCCCUUGGCUCCAUGGGAUUGAUUAUUAGCCUUAUCUGUGUGUACUACUGGCUGGAACGGUCGAUCCCCCGAAUUCCUACCCUCAAGAACCUGGAGGAUCUGGUUACUGAAUAUCACGGGAAUUUUUCGGCCUGGAGUGGAGUGUCUAAGGGACUGGCGGAGAGUCUGCAGCCAGACUACAGUGAAUGGCUCUGCCACGUCAGUGAGAUUCCCCCAAAAGGAGGGGCUCCAGGGGAGGGUCCUGGGGGCUCCCCCUGCAGCCAGCAUAGCCCCUACUGGGCUCCCCCAUGUUAUACCCUGAAACCUGAAACUGGAGCCCUGAUACCCUGACAGAACCUCAGAGUCCUGUCCUCCUAUAUUGUACUAACUUCCCCUUAUCUAACCAGCCUGGGUCCAAUGCUCACCUCGCCCUC